AUGACUCUCAGGCAUACCAACGCUACUCUUCCAACCGAAUUCAGAAGCUUGUACCGGCUCUUUCUUCGAGCUAAUUCCGCGGUAGUGCUGCACCACUCUCCGUCGAAAACACAAUUCCGUCGGUUGUGGAGGCCUGUUUUCGACGAGGCUGCAUUCAAAAUCCACAGGCUUCAGCACCCCGACGUAUGUUCAUCUGAGCGGACGAAUAUUGUCCAGUGGCUAUAUACAUGGCACAAACGGGUGGAUCAUACGCUUUCACUACUCGCGACCGCGGCGGUAUCACGAGGACUCGCCCAUAAAAUCACUCGCAAUCUGAAAUGGCUACGACGAAACCACGUUUUGUGGGUCGAAAAGUUGUAUUAUUCCCACAAGCCUUUUUGGAGACCGCAGCUCCCUCGGACGUCUGCGCAAUACCAGCCUUAUUCUCUUCCGGCACCCGGCACCAGACCCGAUCAUACACUCAGGAGAAAUAGAAAAUUGAGGUUGUUUGACGAGCAGUGUUCGAACGCGAUUGGUGAGGUCGUAAAGAUGGCUGAAGGAAGGCACGAUAUCAUUCUGGGGAGACUUCGGCUUAAACGAUGGCAGCACGAGUGGUCGUCAUGACUGCAAUCGUGAUUGAGACCAUAUGAUUGGCUCAUCAAACGCAAGUCAACUACCUUCUUUUGUUGUACACCUGCUCACAUGC